AUGCGUCAACAGCCCGAUGAAGAUAUUCACUUGUUCUUUGAAAAAGUCAAGAAACAAUUCGCCAAGUGUGCCUUCCUAGAGGACUGCCGGGAUUGGAUACUUCGUGAUAAGGUCAUCGCAGGAGCAUCUUCGAAGGAGCGCGAAGAAUUGCUGGCAGCUGAUUUGACGAGCUCCCUUCAGGAUCUAGUCAAUGGAGUGAGCGGCUAUAAUAAUCGCAAUGAUCUAUGCGACGUUCACGACACGUCGAAGGAUUUAUUCAGCGACGACGACGACGAGGAGGUCACCAGGCCAUCAACGUACUUGUCAUCAUCGUCGAUGGCGUUGGAAGUUACACCUUCACCGCAGCCACGGCCUCAACCGGCGAUUGACGAAGGGGGUAAAUGGACGCCGCCGCAGCCACAGCUUCGACCGAAGGCGCCGCCGCAGUCGCAGCCUCAAUCGGCGCCACAGCCGCAGCCGCAGCUUCAACCGCAGCCGCAGCCUUAA